UGAGGCGCCCGCGGAGCGCGUGGUUGCGGCGGCGGCAGCAUGUCCGGCGGCAGGAAGGACUGGUCGGCGCUGUCCAGCCUGGCCCAGCAGUGGAGCCUGGAGGACCAGGAGGAGCAGCAGCGUGAGCGCCGGCGACGCCACAGGAACCUCAGCUCCACCUCCGAGGACAGGUCACCGGGGCUCGCCCAGAACGGAGGGCGCCCCUCUUCCGACAGACUGCCAAGUGUGGAAGAACCGGAGGUGCCCAGACCACCCCCGCCAGCCCCCCGGGAUGAGGGCGAGUCUGUCCAGGCCGCUCUCAGGCUGCGGCAGGAGCGGAGGCUGAGGCGGCAGGCGGUGGAGGCCGCGCAGGUGCCCGACCAGGAGCGGCCGGAGGCCGAGGAGGGGAGCCGCAGCUCGGGGCCCGGGCAGGCCAAGCAGCCGCCCCUCGCACCCAAGAAGGAGCCGGGAGCCCCGCCUCGCCGCAGGCUGAGCCGGGAGCAGCGGGGCCCCUGGGCCCGGGAGGAGGAGAGCCCGGCAGGCAGCGAGCCCGGGGGCAGGCAGAAGGGGGUCUCGGAGAAGUCCCCAGUCCCGGAGAAGCAGCCCUGCGUUCCGGAGAAGACGUCAGCGCUGGAAAACAGGCUGAGCUCAGAGGAAGCCCCCAGCACUGAGAGAGCUUCAGUGUCAGCGAAGACGGACGUGUCCGGGAAGAAACCAGCUCCAGAAAAAUCGGGUGUCCCCGAGAGGCAGCCGGCCUCAGGGAAGACGUCAGCUUCAGAAAGGAGACUGGUGUCUGAGAAGGCGUUGAUCUUUGAGAAGGCACAGGUCUCAGAGACAAAGCUGGUCCCAAAGAGGGCCCCGGCCCGGGAGCAGCCUCCGGCCCGGGAGCAGCCUCCAGCCCGGGAGCAGCCCGCAGCUGAGGGAAGCAAAGGAGCAAGGGCCGUCCCUGGAAAGCAGCGCCUGUUGUCGACGGAGCCAGGGGCGAGCAACCCUCCGGCCGUGGCUUCCCGCCUCCCACCCAUCACGCUCCAGGUGAAGAUUCCCAGCAGGGAGGAGGAGGAGGAGGAGGACACGUUCUCACCUGCCCAGGCCACCUACAGCAGCUCCCUCCGGCGCUCCAGCCCCAGAACCAUCUCCUUCCGGAUGAGCCCCAGGAUAAACAACUCGGAAGCAACCCUAACCCGCAGUGCCAGCGUGAGGCUCCCGGUCAAGUUGGGCGAAAAGCUGGAGAGAUACCACACGGCCAUCCAGAGGUCGGAGUCCGUGAGGUCUCCCGGCUCCUCCCGCACCGAGUUCUUCGUGGCACCCGUGGGCGUGGCCAGCAAGCGCCACCUCUUUGAGAAGGAGCUGGCAGGCCCCAGCCGGGCAGAGCCAGCCUCCGGCCGCAAGGACAACUUGAAGCUCUCCGGGGUCGUGACGUCACGGCUCAAUCUGUGGAUCAGCAGGACCCAGGAGUCUGGAGACCAGGGCCCCCAAGUACCCCAGGAGGUGCAGAAGGAUUCGACCACCACCAAGAGGACCCAGUGGGGGAAAAGGGCGGAAUUAUCCCUGGAUGCUGAGGUGUGAUGACCCUGCCAGGACAACCUGCCAGUUUGUCUCGAGGGCCUUCCUCAUGCCAGCCCCCCCGAAGCUGUACCCCAUCUCCCACUGCCCUGAUCCCUCUCUGCAUCUGGACCGGGCCGGGACUGCCCGAGGGCUCCGGCAACUCCUUCCCAGCUAGGCUCGGGCAGGUGUGACCUGGCUCCGUCUUGUCCGAUGGCAGGCACGGCGGAGCCCGGGGUCCCUGUCAGCCUGGGCACCGCCCCGCCUCUCAGCAGCACCCUGGGGCCUCAGGUCUGUCCACAGGUCUCCUGUCUCCUGCUCCCUCCAGGGUCAGGGCAGCGCGGUCUGUCCGGGACUCCAGCGCCACCUGCCCCAUCUGUUCCCAGCAGGUGUCUUUCCUCUGCUGAGACUCGGGUGUCCCCACCUCCCUCCAGGGCCUGCCCCCCGCUGGCCGAGCCCCCACGGUGGAGCAGCUGUUCUGUCUUCUUCCCGCCUGUGCCCCGCUGUCCCCCACUGCCCACGGGCCCUCUGCCCUUCCCCGCCCUCACCCUUCUGUUCUCAGGGACGAGCCGAUAGACUCAUUCACCCUGCUUCCUCGUGGGUCAUCGCAGUGGCUGGGAGCUGGGGUGGGUGUGUGGAUUGUUUUGGUUGGGGGGUCAGCCAUCAUUUUCCUAGCACCCCCUCUUUUCCUCACAUUAAGGUGGGUUGCAUCCAGUCAUCCUCUGUAGGGAUUCUGGGGGUACAACUGCCAGUCCCCCUCAAACGUGCACUCUCCCAAAACCCAGCUCCCCAACCCCCAACACUGUGGCCCGUGUAAGCUUGGACACACUGCCAUCUGAAAAUCCAGGCAAACGAACCAGGGCCCCGGUCAGUGCUGCACUUUUAAAAUGUACACAUAUGGCCCAGCCAGUGUGGCUCAG